AUGUCGCUACCAGGAUACAGCAACAACCCGGUGGAGCGGUUCGAGGAGGAGGCGGAACACCGCCGCUGGCUGCUGCAAGAGCGGACCGGCGGCCCCGACAACCUCCGUACGGCACUGCGGCUUUGGGACGGCCCACUGGACGGCCAAUUCUUGGCGCUGGAAGAGGGCCCGGAGGCGGCGGAGGCGGUCCAGGCACCUCCCCGGGACCUGGCCCAGGGCCUCGCCCAGGACCUAGACCUCCUUUUGGGCCUUGCAGAGCUGACUCGGCAAGUGCUGUACGGCGGGUACGGCAGCGAAUCGGACUUCAACGUUGUACCUAUAAUCCUGGAGCCUCGGCUCACCGAAGCCCCGCCGUCGGAACCGAGCCUGCUGACAUCUGGGGUCACGUCACUGCUACAGCCACCACUGCAAGAGACCUCAGCGACGGCGGCGGUCCUACAGGAAAUGGCUAACACGCGAGGCGCCGGGUGGGACGGCAGUAGCAGCGGUCGCAGUAGCGGCAACAGCGACGGUUGGUGGUCGUUGGAGGCGGCGAUGGCAACGCCGCUGAGUUGGAAGGAGGUGGCGGCCAGCCUGGGUUUGGUUCCGGAGCUGGCUUCUCGAGUGGUACCACCACAGCACUUCGACAGCCAAGAGGCAUUUCUGAGCCACGUAAUGCUCAAACACAUCAGUAAGCUGGAGGGCGGGGAGGAGGAGGGGCUGAACAUGGAGGAGGAUGCGGCGGCGGCGGCUGAGGAGAGGGGGGCGCCAACAGAACCACGGGUCAUUCUUCCUCCCAAGGGCGCCAAGGUGGCCGCAGCCCCCGCAGGCCCCGCAGCCAUACCAGCCGCCGCCGCCGCCGCUAGUUGCAGCGACUCUGCCCUACAGCCCGGCGAAGGGCGAGAGGUUGCGGGCACAGGCAUUGAGCAUCAUCAGCAACAGCAGCAGCCGACGGGGGCGGCGGCCAUGGCCGCGGCGAUGCGGGCUCUUAGCGAGGCUGUCGUCUUCCCUGGCGGGUUGCUGCAGGUGGUGUUGGGCUCGGAGGAGCUCGGGUGGAACCCCAUACCGCUGCUGUGGCUCAGCUCAGCUCAGCGUGCCGGCCCCCUAAUCCGGCGACUAGGGCACGUCAUGCGACUUUGCGCCUUUCCAGGAUAUCAAUAUUGGAUCCUGGAUUGCUCCGCGUUGGAUCCUAAAGAAAGGAUUGGAUCCUGUAAGCUGCGCUAG